AUGAACAUCCGUCCUUGUGAUUUGUCGUGUAGUCUUAACUCAAAAUCUUGCCCGGUAAUCUCAUUUGUCCAGGGUGACGCCGCCAAUGGAGGUGUCCCCCAGGGAUAUUUCCCUCAUCUACCCGUAAAUCCAUCUGAUGCGUGCAUAAUACAAUAUCUCUAG